GUCAAAUAUGGCCCCGUCCUACUGGGUGUGAGAGGAGCGACAGCUGACAAGGGAAGAAAUCUGUCAUAUCGCCGUAUACUUUCGUCUAGAUAACACCGCUCUUAUGUGACAUCCUCAGCAAGUGAAAAGUGCCUGCCAAAUGAUGAAGUGUGCCAGAGAGAGGAACUGACAGAAGAAGGCCUUCAUUGUUGCAGACCAUCUGUUCAGAUCAACCUCCCCUCCCUGCAAGCCCUCCACCUGCAGCCAUGCAGAUCAACCCAGUGCACGUGGAGUCCACUGUAGUUUUGGCUGUGGUGCUGUGUGUCCACAUGGCAGUCUGGAACCAGCACUCCUGGUGCAGCAUAGCCCUCGUCAUCCAGGCUUUCUACGUACAGCACAAAUGGGACCGUCUGCUCAGGUCAGGGGGUGCUGUGUUCCAGUUUCGUCCUGCAGCAAAUAGUGGCAUUGUCCCGGCCUCCAUGGUGAUGCCCUUGCUUGGUCUGGCACUGAGAGAGAAGUGCUCUGCCUCAGGGAAUGUCUACUUUGAGCGCUUCUCCAUGGUUAUCACCAUAACAGGCAUGAUGCUGGCUCUGUUUCUCUCUCUUAUUGCGCUCGGCAUCACAAGACCCGUGCCUACAAACACUUGUGUGAUUGCAGGCAUGGCCGGCAGUGCAAUUCUCUACACAACAAAACAGACACUGACGGUGUCUGAGGUCAUCGAGGUUUUAGAGGUACUUUUGAUCUUCGUCUAUCUCAGCCUGAUUGUACUUUAUCUGCUGCCACGCUGCUUCACACCUGGAGAGGCGCUCCUCAUCGUCGGUGGAAUCAGUUUCAUCGUCAACCAGCUCAUCAAGCGCUCCCUGAACCUGGCAGAGGUCAAAGGGGAUCCAGUGAACUAUUUCCUGCCGGUGGUAGUGGUGGGCUCACUGUUGCUGGGCGUUUUCUUCGCACUGCUUUUCUGUUUCAUGGAGUCAGAGACCUGGGUGUCAUCGCUCUUCUUUCACAUGAUGACAGCCGUUCUGGGUCUGGGAAUCCUCAUGCCGUGGCUCUCCCUGUUCAUCGGCCGGCACCCCAUCAUGUGGUUGCUGGACUUUCUCACGUUAAAUGAUAGAAGACUCUGUCUGUUGGGAUACUGGGUGUUUCUGGCUGUUGUGGCCACCUGUGUUGUGUUACACCAGAACUACCAGCGCCAGUCAGGGUCCAAGAAGCACCAGGCCUCGACUAUUGUCAGGAAGUACUUCCAUCUGAUUGUAGUGGCCACAUAUGUCCCAGGGCUGAUAUAUGAUAGACAGCUGCUUCAUGUGGCAUCUGUGGGUUGCUUGGCAGUGUUCUUGUUCCUGGAGUACGUGCGUUACUUUCGGAUCAGGCCGCUGGGUCAGCUGCUCAGGCAGCUGCUCACCCUGUUCCUGGAUGAACGGGACUCUGGGCCUCUCAUCCUGACCCACAUCUACCUGCUGCUGGGCAUGUCUCUGCCCAUAUGGCUAUUCCCUGGGCCUUGCGCCCCUAAGGGCAUACUUCCAGGUGCGGGUGGCCUGGUGCCUUAUGCAGGUGUGCUGGCUGUGGGGGUUGGAGACACUGUUGCGUCUGUGUUUGGCAGCACCAUGGGGGAGAUCCGUUGGCCUGGCACCAAGAAAACCAUGGAGGGGACUGCAACAUCUGUGUUUGCUCAGAUCAUAGCUGUGGCCAUGUUUCUCAUCUUUGAUGGGAGCAUCAAUCUGAACUCCACCUACUCGUGGAUUGUUGGCUCCAUCACCCUGGUGGCCAUGUUGGAGGCCUACACCUCCCAAAUAGACAACCUCUUUCUCCCUCUCUACCUCUUCAUCCUGCUGUUGCUUUGAAUGGACAGAUGGCCCAAACAAAAACAGCUCCCUCCCCCGUCCUCAACCCUUUCUGGGGGAAGCAAGAAUGUUGAAUUUGAAAAAGAAAUGUAUAAGAAAUACAAAAAAUGUGACAAUGUAAGUAAUAAGUCCCUUUGAUAUCAGUGGACUCAAAAACGGGAGUCGUUUUUACUAGCACAAGAAAGAAAUGGUAAAAAGCUGGGUAAUUCUUACGUUAGCAAACCAAUGUGGCACUAGUCCUCACUGUAUUUGGCAGCAGACAUGAUGUUAGCAUGACAUGUAAGUCUGCUGUCUUCAGAUCAAGAGUCAUUUCAGUAUCAGUUGCUUUGAGGAGUGAGACGAUCAUUUCAGAACAAGUUAGGAAGAAAUGUGAGGAAGAGUUGCUAAAUAUUCUUUGGGCUAAGUGACAGCAGAGGUGUAUGGUUUCUUGGCAUGUCACCAUCACGUCCCUGAGCUACUCAACAAUAACAACCCCUGAAUUAUGCAAGACAAGAUUCAGUUUAAUAAAUUGGAAAAAUGUCCUUUUUAAACAUGUAUUGAAUUCUGGACAUUGCAGACGCUGCUAAAAGGCACAUUUUGAUCAUCAAAGAGGAGGCUUUCCUAUCUUGUCCCUUUCUUGCAGAUGGAUACACGCCUUUGUAUUGCCUUUGAAGAACAUUAUUUAAAGUUAGCUUGUUGAUAUAUCUUUUUCUUAAUCGACUUUUUUUCUUUAUUAAAAUAUUGUUUUGCCUCCCUGAUGGCAAUAUGAGGACUUACUGCUGAAAACAUUUGCCUUAAGAAGUAUAUUUUCUAUCACACAUAACCUACUAUUGUAGAUGCUAUAGAUUAAAGCAUGGCAGCCCCUCUCAACUCUUCCUUAUAAGGGCUGGUUUAUACUUCGAUAUGGCAGAAACUCACUAUGCUCCCGCAUGACACAAAUGUGAAAUCAGUACUGUAACAUGUACACAGGUAUACUACAGUGUAUUUUUGUUUGGUAAAUUUACUUUGCUUAAUCUUUCUGUGGUUUGAUGGGACCCCCUUAGAGAUAAACUUAAUAUAUACAUACAUUUCCUUGUGAUACUGAGCCUUCAUACACUGCAUAUUUUUGGACUCUGUAGAUAUGCUUUGGGCCAAACUGAUCAACACAGGCCCUUCCUUUUUAGCUACUUUUUUUAGCAUUAAUGAAUCCAAAUGAUUAUGUGAUAUUUGCUUUAUAGAAAUAUCCUCAGAUGUCAUCAGGUUUGAUCUCAUCACUCUGAGAUGAGGAUGCUACAGUUCAUCACCUGAAACUUGUUUAACUUGGGUUCAUGUUCAUCUGUAAAAGUUCUUUGGUGUUUUUUAUGUUGUGAUGACAGUUUAUUAGCAUGAUCCGACUAUGUAUGUUGUUUUUGCCAUCAUCCUUACAUUUUUCAAAAUGUAAUAUUGCAUGUUGAGUGCAUCCGAGGAGAAAGAUAAAAUUGAUUAUGCCUCCA